AUGGUGAAGUUCCCGAAAGAAACGAAAAAAUUCCGAUUCAAAGCAUGCAAGAAUUGUCCACGCAAUGCUCCAAUACCAGCGGAGAUUGCCAAAUACAUGUCGUUGUCGCCGCUAAUUGUGUCAAAAAAGGGCUCACGACGCAAAACGUUGGACCGUUGUGUGAAAAAGUUGAUCGACAGAGGUCUAGUAAAUCAAGCAAAUCUGCCAAAAGAAUCCAAACCAGAGCGAUUAGCGUCACCCAAAAUGUACUAUUGGAAAAACUGGCCGCUAAACUCUGUGAAUGCACUUCAAAUGGGAGACGAUGCUGCGAACACCAAUGAUCAUCAUCAACAACAUCAACAACAACAACCGGAACAAGAACAUAAAUAUCGAGAGCUGCGAUUUACCAUUGUUUGGCAUCGAGACAUUGUUGCGGCAAGGUGCAUAAUGUACAAAGCUCUGUGUUUCAUUUUCGAUUUAACAUUGAUAAAUUCGUUUGUGAGACCACCACAACCUCGAAGACCACCGUAUCGUAAAAAACCACCGGUACGCAGACAACCAAGAGAAAAUGUAAAUGUUGUUCCAGUCCAAGUAAACAAUAAUGAUCAACAAGCAUCAAUCAAUUGA